CACGGUCCCAGCCUGCCCCGCGCCGGCCAACGAGAGCAAAGUCAGUGACUCACCUCCGCCGCGCUAACUCCUCGCUAGCUCUCCCCUCACACACGCUCACACCCGGUUCGAGAUGGCGGCGGCAGCAGCGGGGGACUCUGACUCCUGGGACGCUGACACGUUCUCCGUGGAAGACCCGGUGCGGAAGGUGGGGGGCGGCGGCACCGCCGGCGGGGACCGCUGGGAAGGCGAGGACGAGGACGAGGACGUCAAGGAUAACUGGGAUGAUGAUGAUGAUGAAAAAAAAGAGGAAGCAGAAGUAAAACCAGAAGUAAAAAUUUCAGAAAAGAAAAAAAUAGCAGAGAAAAUAAAAGAGAAAGAACGGCAGCAGAAAAAAAGGCAAGAAGAAAUUAAAAAGAGGUUAGAAGAACCUGAAGAACCUAAAGUGCUAACACCAGAAGAACAAUUAGCAGAUAAACUGCGGCUAAAGAAAUUACAGGAAGAGUCAGACCUUGAAUUAGCAAAAGAAACUUUUGGUGUUAAUAAUACAGUUUAUGGAAUAGAUGCUAUGAACCCAUCUUCAAGAGAUGACUUCACAGAGUUUGGAAAGUUACUAAAAGAUAAAAUUACACAAUAUGAAAAGUCACUAUAUUAUGCCAGUUUUUUGGAAGCCUUAGUUCGAGAUGUGUGUAUUUCACUGGAAAUUGAUGACUUGAAAAAGAUUACCAAUUCAUUGACUGUGCUUUGCAGUGAAAAACAAAAGCAAGAAAAGCAAAGCAAAGCCAAAAAGAAGAAGAAAGGCGUGGUUCCUGGAGGGGGAUUAAAGGCCACCAUGAAAGACGAUCUGGCAGAUUAUGGUGGUUAUGAUGGAGGAUAUGUACAAGACUAUGAAGACUUCAUGUGACAUUUUAUCUUCUCCUGGUGUCUUCUUUCUGUUGCCCACAAUCCCUCAACAUGUAGCACAACUUCCUUUCCUUUCAGUUCUGCCAAAUGCUACAAUCAGAAGUGCAGUAUCUUUUGUGCUGGUUAUUUAACCCCUUGACACUUAGGUGCUAAUGUGCGAAUGAGGGAACUUGGAUCUUGCUGCCAAGGGGUUAAAAUUGGGAACCUCAGUUGCUACUAAAUCAUAGUUUAAAAAAAACAAGCGUAAUAAUGUUGUCAUUGUUGCUCUCUGAUUCCAUAGCAGCAGUCACUGAAUUGGAAACAAAGGUUGCAACAUGACAAAAAUUGUGUAGUAUUUACCAGCACCAUUCAGUAAUACAGCCUUAACCAUACCUCCUUGAACUACUUCAUAACUUGUCAAGAAAAGCAGUUUGCAGCAAGGGCAUGCCGUGUGCACCUAGUAUUAAAAUUGCUUUGUCUUAAAAUUGAGCGUGAGGAUAUUAAAAAUACAUUGUGAAGAAGACUGCUUAUCUCAGAGUGAAGAUACAACGGCUGAAAAGCACUAGCUUGAUACUUAAAAAUCAAAUGACCAAAACCCUCCAACUUUGAAGCUGAAGAAGGUAGACCUCCAUUAUUGUGUUGCAUUACAAGUUGUGGAAUCUCUUGAAUGCAUAGACUGUCUAGUUUCUAUUUAUCAGACUGUUCUGCUGACGGAGUGCUUCAGACGGGGGAGGGAAGCUCUUUACCUGUUUCAUUUCCCUGAUUUAAGUGUCUGAACAAUCCUCCUUUGUUCUCCUGGGCUGCAAUGGAACAACUUUAACAGGGUUUUGGCAUUUCCUUUUCCUUUAUAAAACAUGCUCAGCAAACUGCACCAGUUGACUACAGUUUGGUAAAUUGUUAUGUUAACAAUUAUGACAUCUGCAGUGUUUUAUAAAGCAACUAAUUUAAUAAAAUCACUAUUGUGAGGACUUAAAUUUUGUGUUAACUCCCAAGAGAUAUUUUUGGAGAGUAUAGAACAACAGCUCUUGGGACUAGAGUUCUCUGUAUACUUACAAAGCUAUUAAUAAAUGCCUGAUGAGCAGUUAACAGC